AUGUCUGCCACUGAUGUAGCCCAGCAGUUCCAGUUUGCUGUGCGAGUUAUUGGCAGCAACUUUGCCCCUACUGUUGAAAGAGAUGAAUUCCUAGUAGCUGAAAAAAUCAAGAAAGAACUUAUCCGGCAGAGGAGAGAGGCGGAUGCUGCGCUGUUCUCUGAGCUCCACCGGAAGCUGCACUCACAGGGAGUGUUGAAAAAUAAGUGGUCCAUACUCUACCUCCUGCUGAACCUCAGUGAGGACCCUCGCAAGCAAGCCAGCAAGGUGUCCAGCUAUGCUUCCCUGUUUGCGCAGGCCUUGCCUAGAGAUGCCCAUUCCACUCCCUACUACUACGCCCGGCCACAGACGCUCCCACUCAACUACCAGGACCGGAGUACCCAGGCGGUGCCCAGUGCAGGCAGCUUGGGCAGCAGUGGCAUCAGCAGCAUCAGUGCAUGCCCUCUUGGCGGCCCUGGGCCCGGCCCGCAGCCUCUGUUCCCAGGACAGUCCCAUCAAGGCCUCAGCGUGGGAGACUGCUUCCGACAGCAGUUGGGAUCACGCCUCGCAUGGACUCUGACUGCCGGUCAGCCUUCUUCCCAAACCCCGACCUCCAAGGGCAUCCCGAGUGCUGUGUCCCGCAACGUGAUGCGGGCAAGGAGAGACGGGGACUCGAGUGGUACUACGGAAAUUACUGAAGCUGCUCUCGUGAGAGACAUCUUGUACGUCUUCCAGGGUAUAGAUGGCAAAAAUAUCAAAAUGAGCAGCACUGAAAAUUGUUAUAAAGUAGAAGGAAAGGCAAACCUCAACAGGUCUUUGCGAGACACGGCAGUCAGACUUGCUGAGUUGGGGUGGUUGCAUAAUAAGAUCAGAAAGUACACUGACCAGCGGAGUCUGGACCGCUCGUUUGGACUAGUAGGUCAGAGCUUUUGUGCCGCCUUGCAUCAGGAACUCAAGGAAUACUACCGGCUACUCUCUGUUUUACACUCCCAGCUGCAGCUAGAGGACGACCAGGGGGUUAACUUGGGACUUGAGAGUAGCCUGACACUGCGGCGCCUCCUGGUUUGGACCUAUGACCCCAAAAUAAGACUGAAGACCCUUGCGGCCCUAGUGGAUCACUGCCAAGGGAGGAAAGGAGGGGAGCUGGCCUCUGCUGUCCAUGCCUACACAAAGACGGGCGACCCAUACAUGCGGUCCCUGGUGCAGCACAUCCUGAGCCUGGUGUCUCACCCUGUCCUGAGCUUCCUCUACCGCUGGAUCUACGACGGGGAGCUUGAGGACACAUACCACGAGUUUUUUGUAGCAUCAGAUCCAACAGUUAAAACUGAUCGACUGUGGCAUGACAAGUAUACUUUGAGGAAAUCUAUGAUUCCUUCUUUCAUUACCAUGGAUCAGUCUAGGAAGGUCCUUUUGAUAGGAAAAUCAAUAAAUUUCUUGCAUCAAGUUUGUCACGAUCAGACGCCCACUACGAAGAUGAUAGCUGUGACCAAGUCUGCAGAGUCACCCCGAGACGCUGCGGAUUUAUUCACAGACUUAGAAAAUGCAUUUCAAGGGAAAAUUGAUGCUGCUUAUUUUGAGACCAGCAAAUAUCUAUUGGAUGUUCUCAAUAAAAAAUACAGCUUGCUGGACCACAUGCAGGCGAUGAGGCGGUACUUGCUUCUUGGUCAAGGAGACUUUAUAAGGCACUUGAUGGAUUUGCUGAAACCAGAACUUGUCCGUCCAGCUACAACUCUGUAUCAGCACAACCUGACUGGAAUCCUAGAAACUGCCGUCCGAGCCACCAACGCACAGUUUGACAGCCCCGAGAUCCUGCGGCGGCUGGAUGUGAGGCUGUUAGAGGUCUCUCCGGGCGACACGGGAUGGGACGUCUUCAGCCUGGAUUACCACGUCGACGGGCCGAUUGCCACGGUGUUCACUCGGGAGUGCAUGAGCCACUACCUGCGGGUGUUUAACUUCCUGUGGCGGGCCAAGCGCAUGGAGUACAUCCUCACGGACAUCCGGAAGGGGCACAUGUGCAACGCGAAGCUGCUGAGGACCAUGCCAGAGUUCGCAGGGGUGCUGCACCAGUGUCACAUCCUGGCCUCGGAGAUGGUGCAUUUCAUCCACCAGAUGCAGUACUACAUCACGUUCGAGGUGCUCGAGUGCUCAUGGGAUGAGCUCUGGAACAGAGUGCAGCAGGCCCAGGACCUGGACCACAUCAUCGCGGCGCACGAGGCGUUCCUGGACACUAUCACCUCUCGCUGUCUGCUGGAUGGUGACUCCAGGGUACUUUUAAACCAGCUCAGAGCAGUGUUUGAUCAGAUCAUUGAACUUCAGAACACUCAGGACGCAAUAUACCGAGCCGCUCUGGAAGAGUUGCAGCGGCGAUUGCAGUUUGAAGAGAAGAAGCAGCAGCAUGAGAUGGAGGGCCAGUGGGGAGUGACAGCGGCAGAUGAGGAGGAAGAGAACAGGAGGAUUCAAGAAUUUCAAGAGUCCAUACCAAAAAUGUGUUCCCAGCUGCGGAUCUUGACUCACUUUUACCAGGGUAUCGUGCAGCAGUUUCUGGUGUUACUGACUACCAGCCCCGAUGAAAGUCUCCGGUUCCUGAGCUUCAGGCUAGACUUUAACGAACACUACAAGGCCAGGGAGCCCAGGCUCCGCGUGUCUCUGGGCUCCAGGGGACGGCGCACAUCCCACACGUGAGGGCACGAGACUCCAUCAGUAAACACCAGCUCACAACAGGUGCUUGGAGGCCAGCCUGCCACCAAGGCCUGCAGUGUCUGUCAGUGGCCCGGCAUCUGGUAGGGUUACAGUCACGUGUCCACCGGAGGUGAGUGCGUGAUGUCGCUGCGAUGGACAAACUGCUCUGCUGGUCAGAUCGUCCUGGCUGUGUUCACAGAGAAGACACCACGAUGCUGUCCAAGUGGUUGCUUGUAUUUAUCACAGUUCCCGUUAGCCAGCAUAGGGCAGUGGUGUGUUCAGGAUAAUGUCAAUGCUAUUUUUUUAACAUCCUCUUUAGGGGAAGUUUUUGUUACUGUAAUAAACUGAAACAAGAUGUCCCUGCUAAGAAAACACAGAGCAUUUUAUUUUGGUUUUUGUGUUGUGAAAAAUCACCCAAGAGAAUAUUUAUCCUAACGUACCCUCUUCGUGUGCUUGCUCUUACUUCCUCUUCUCCCAAGGUUUACAUUUUUAUAUUUACUGUUUCAUGUAACUUCUAAAACAGUAUAGAAAAGAGUAGGAGCAGCCCUGACAGAAACUGGUGUAGCCCAUGCCUUUUGAAGCCACCGGCCAGAACAGUGUGUAAGUGCAGAUGACUCAAGGGUAAAUGGAGGAUUUUAUUUUCAGAUUCUUACAAGCACUGGAAAGAAAGUGGAUAAUGAAGAUUUCCUUUUUCCUCACCUAUUUUUUCACUGUAAAUAUUUAUAUACUGCUGACCAGAUGUUGGGAGGAACUGUUUUUUGUAAAAGCAAAAUGUCAUAUCAAGUCACAUAAAUCUGCCUUUUUUUAUGUUACAUAGUGUAAACUUAGAAAAUUAAAACCAUUA